AUGGCUCCUCCUCAACCCGAAAAGAGCCAAUUGAAACGAACUAGAGGUUCUCUGCCAGAAACCGAACUGGAUGCGAAGAAGCCCCGCCGCUCCGACAGGCAAUCACCGGAACCCGAGCACAAGACGCCAGUCUCUAAGAAGCAUCAGCUUCCCUCCCCAGUCACAAGGUCCGGCGACUCGGAUGAGGUCUACAAGGAGCCUACCGCCACACCCCCGGAAGGACGUCCUAGCCAGGUGAACCACCGCGAUAAGGACGACGCGUCGCAAGCCGUUAAUAACAUCUCCUCACCGCCGCAGGAGGCUACCCAGGCUUUCUCGCAGUAUGCCCACGAGACCAAGGAGGCCCUCUCGGACGAGGUCGAGGAUGAGGUGAAGGAGGGCGUAUGGGGAUACUUGUUCCCUCUCGAUACCAAAUAUGGCAAAGUUGUCGUCAUGAAGAGGCGAGCUGCUUGCCCUCUGCCUGACGCUGUUGAGGCGAAAGAGUCAACGAAUAAGGAUCAGAAUGGAAAGUCGUCCCUGCAGAAGGAAGAAGAGGCGUACGAGCGCACAAAGGUCAAGGGAGUUGCAUCGGGCGGAUACUUGAUUGGCCGUCAUCCAGAGUGCGACAUCGUCGUGGACGAUCCUAUCAUUUCCAACAGGCAUUGCUUAAUCUUCACUGAAAACAAGGGCGGUGACACUGUUGCGAUUCUGGAGGAUUUGUCUAGUAACGGAACUUUCGUCAACGAAGCAAUCGUAGGACGCAACAAGCGGAGAGAGCUCCAGGAGCAAGACGAAAUCGCUGUUAUUGACAAGGCUCGUUUUAUCUUCCGGUACCCCAAGAGUCGGCAAUCUAGUGCAUUUCUGAGUCAGUACACUCUCCUCGAGAAGUUGGGCAAGGGUCACUUUGCCGAGGUGUUUUUGUGUGUCGAGAAGUCUACCGGUCAACGGUACGCCGUCAAGAUCUUCACCAAAACGCCCGGCAUGGAGGAGAGAUCCAAGCAGGAGGGCUUGCAGCAGGAGAUUGCUGUUCUCAUGGGCGUCAGCCAUCCCAACGUUCUCUGCUUGAAGGACACGUUCAAUGAACGUAACGCCGUUUAUCUGGUCCUCGAGCUGGCUCCUGAAGGCGAGCUGUUCAACUUCAUUGUGAUGAGGCAGAAAGUGAGCGAGGAUGAAACGCGUAAGCUCUUCAAGCAGCUCUUCCAGGGCAUCAAAUAUCUUCACGAUCGCAACAUUGUUCACAGAGAUAUCAAACCUGAGAACAUCUUGAUGGUCGACAAGGAACUCAAUGUCAAGCUGGCUGAUUUCGGCUUGGCAAAGAUCAUUGGCGAAGAGUCCUUCACGACCACAUUGUGCGGCACGCCCAGUUAUGUGGCUCCGGAGAUUCUCGCCGAGGGCAGGCACAGAAAGUACACGAAAGCUGUAGACAUUUGGUCGCUGGGUGUCGUGUUAUACAUCUGCUUGUGUGGCUUCCCGCCCUUCUCGGACGAGCUCUAUUCUAAGGAAUUCCCCUACACGCUGUCGCAGCAGAUUAAAAGCGGUAGGUUUGACUACCCGUCACCGUACUGGGAUUCUGUUGGCGACCCUGCUCUUGACCUGAUUGAUUCGAUGCUUGUCGUCGACCCAGAACGUCGAUUCACUGUGGACCAGUGUCUCAACCAUCCAUGGAUGACUCAGAACCAGCCUGGUGUCAAUGAUAGCACUGAUGGUCUUGUUGGCGGCAUUCAGAGCUUGGGCGUCCAUCGACGGGGCGUGACCAGAGAACGUACUCUCUUGAGCACAUUGAACUCAGUCCAGGUGGCAACCAGAGCGCCUGUGGGAGACAGCAAGAAGCCCGUCAAUAUUUACGCUAAGAACACGAAGAAGAUUCAGCCAAAAGAGGCUGACCCCCACUCGCAGAGAGCUGUGAGCGAGUUCGUGGAGAUGGGGGGCAAAGGCGACGAGCCGCUCUUUGGGGCCGAUGGAGAGAGCAUUUACUCAAAGAACGACAUUGCUAGCGCCGAGAAGAAUGAUGGGAAGUAA